AUGUCUUCCAAUGCUUCGUUCCAUAGCCUCGAGGAUCUGUCCCUAGCAGACCGCGUCCUGUUUAACACCUUUGGCCGGGGUGAGAGGGCGUCCAUCGCAUAUGGCGUUGUCCACCAUGCCUUCGAGGCCAUCGUUGCCGAGAACCCAGAUGUCACAGCCGUCCGCCACUACGAUGGUACCGAGAUCACAUACCGCGAGCUCAAUCGACGAGCGAAUAUGCUCGCUAACGAGCUUCGCAAUACCUACGGCAUGAAGAGGGGCGAGAGGGUCGUUCUCGUAUACUCUCGGUGCAUUGAGAUGAUCGUCUUCAUCUUCGCCGUGCUCAAGGCCGGCGGUCAGUAUGUGCCCCUAGAUGGUGCCAUCAUCCCCGAAGACACUCUAGCAUAUGACAUUGCCGACUCUGGGGCGCGCAUUGUCCUCUGCACCCCCAAGUUCGAGGCCAAGGCUUCUGCAUGCAUUCCAGCGGAAAAGGCAGCAGGCGUUAAGGUCCUGGCUCUCGGCGCCAACAGCCGUCUUUGGAGCACUGGAUGCACCUCAAACCCCAGCGUCGAGGUGCUGCCGAGCGAUGGUGUCUAUGUCAUCUACACAUCUGGCACUACUGGCCGGCCAAAGGGCGUCGAUGUCCGACAUAGAGGCGUAACCAACAGUCUGCUUGCCGAACCAUCGAAGCUCGGCAUCAAGGUUGGCUCUCAAGUUGCCCAACAGCUCAACGUCGGUUUCGAUAUGUGUGCAUGGGAGAUUCUGGGAACUAUGAUGAACGGCGGCACACUCCAUAUUCGAGGCAGCGGCGACGAUCUGUGGCAUGACUGUCUGCGUCGCGUUGACACAGUUAUCGCCACUCCGUCUGUCGUUCUCAAGCACAUGCCGGAUCGUGAAGACUUCCCCAACAUCCGCACCAUCGCUGUCGGUGGCGAGCCAUGCCCAGUCGCGCUGGCGGAGAAGUGGGCGCCAUACGUCAAAUUCUGGAACGUUUGCGGACCGACUGAGAUCAGCAUCCUUAACUCGGCUCAUCGUCACAGGCCAGGUGCUGUGCUGUCGAUUGGCCGACCAAACCCCAACACAAAUAUCUACAUCCUCGACGAGAACGAGAACCCCGUACCCAUCGGACAGCCUGGUAUUAUGUGGGCCGGUGGCCCUGGUGUUUCAAAGGGUUACCUAAAUCUACCCGAGCUCACCGGUGAGAGAUACAAGCUGGACAAGUUUACCAACAGCGGCCGUAUGAUGUUCAACACUGGCGAUCUCGCUCGCUGGUUGGAAAACGGCAGCCUCGAGCCUCUCGGUCGCAAGGACGACCAGGUCAAGAUCGCGGGCUUUCGUGUUGAGCUUGACGGAGUCUCCAGAGCCAUUGAAAAGUGUCCGUCUGUCAUCAAGGGCUGUGCUCUGAAGAUUGGCGAGAAACUCUGGGGCUUCUACUCAGCACCGCGGCCUAUCGACGAGGCAGAGCUCAAGAAGACUGUCGGCCAUGGUCUGCCCUUCUACGCCGUACCAACUAUCUGGAAGUUCCUGCCUGCCAUUGCCUUGACACCCAACGGCAAGGUUGACAAGCGCAUCUUAAAGUCCAUCGCAAUGGGAGAUCCUCUUCCUACACCAGAGCCUUCUCCCGAACUUUCUCCAAUUUCUCGGCUGUGGCCAUCAUUCCCAAGCCUACCAUCGCCUGAUUCAAGCCACUGGUCUCCCACAACUCUUGUCGGCUCUGAAAGCCAACUGAACCUCGAAAAAGGUGUCGAGAUUGUCGACGGUGAGCCCGAGCCCAAAGACUACGAGCUCCCCCAAAAGAAGGGCUUCCACGGCUGGCGAUGGCUUCGUCACCGUGGUCUGUCGGCGUAUCGCAAGCUGUUCGGCACCAUUUUCAUCGCCAACUUCUCCGUCUUCCUUUGGAUGCUGUUUGAGAGCCGCGCCGACAACUUUGCGCUACCUCUGGACAAGAUUGCAACGGCCGUCGGCGCCAACCUUCUCGGUGCCGUUCUCCUGCGUCAGGACUAUGUCAUCAAUUUCAUCUUCCGGGUUUGCUCUCGCGUGCCAACGUCUUUCCCGCUGGGCGUCCGGCGACACUUUGCCCGGGUCUAUCACAAUGGCGGCGUUCACUCUGGCUGCGCCGUCUCCGCCUCGGUCUGGUGGAUCAUCUACGCCUUCGCCGCCACAGGCAGUUUCAUCUCCAAGUCCCCCGUGUACAAUGUGAACGUUCCAACUCUCGUGCUGACCUACCUCGUCCUCUUCCUGCUCAUUGCCAUUCUCGUCAUGGCGUACCCGACCAUUCGUGCCAAGAUGCAUGACCAGUUCGAGUGGACCCAUCGCUUUGCCGGAUGGACCUCCGUCGGCCUCGUGUGGGCGCAUCUCGUGCUGUCCGCCCAGUCCAUCGCCUCCCCUUCCCAGCCCCUCGGCGCCACCCUCGCGCGCACGCCGUCGGUGUACCUUGUCGGGCUGGCCACCCUCAGCAUCGCGCUCCCAUGGAUGCGCCUGCGCCGCGUCCCCGUCCGCCCGGAGCCGCUCUCCAAGCACGCCGUCCGACUGCACUUUGACUUCAGCACGCCGGCUCCCUGCACCUCCAAGGGCGUCCGCAUCACCGACAAGCCGCUCGUGGAGUGGCACGCCUUCGCCGCCAUCCCGGAGCCCAGCGGCAAGGGCUUCAGCAUCGUCGUCUCCAAGGCGGGCGACUGGACGAAGCGCAUCAUUGAGAACCCGCCGACGUCCAUCUGGACCCGCGGCACGCCGGCCUCGGGCGUCCUCGCCGUCGCGCCCCUCUUCAAGAAGAUGGUCCUCGUCAGCACCGGCUCCGGCAUCGGCCCCUGCCUGCCCGUGCUCAUGGAGCGGCGCGUCCCCGCCCGCGUCCUCUGGAGCACCAAGAACCCCCUCAGCACUUACGGCCAGGGCAUCAUGGAUACCAUCCUUGCGGCCGACCCCAACGCGCUCAUCUGGGACACGGACGAGCGCGGACGGCCGGACCUCGUCAAGCUUGCGUACCAGCUCUAUGUGGAGAGCGGGGCCGAGUGCGUCGCCAUAAUCUCCAACGGACCAACGACGAGCAAAUUUUGUGUACCAGAUGGAGAGCCGUGGAGUGCCUGCAUUUGGGCCCAUCUGGGACUCGUAGUAGCUAGUAGCGGUCUUCUGUAG